CGGUGUUUGUCUGCCGGGCUGACGGGCGGCCGGGCGGCCGGCGGUGCGCGGCGGCGGCGGCGGGGAAGAUGGCGGCGUCCUCCCUGGAGCAGAAGUUGUCCCGCCUGGAAGCAAAACUGAAGCAGGAGAACCGCGAGGCCCGUCGGAGGAUCGACCUCAACCUGGAUAUCAGCCCCCAGCGGCCCAGGCCCAUUAUUGUGAUCACUCUAAGCCCUGCUCCUGCCCCGUCCCAACGAGCAGCCCUCCAGCUCCCACUGGCCAACGAUGGCGGUAGCCGUUCACCAUCUUCUGAGAGCUCCCCGCAGCAACCCACGCCCCCUGCCCGGCCCCGUCACAUGCUGGGGCUCCCAUCCACCUUGUUCAUACACCGAAGCAUGGAGAGUAUCGAGAUUGACCAGAAGCUGCAGGAGAUCAUGAAGCAGACAGGCUACCUGACUAUUGGGGGCCAGCGCUACCAGGCAGAAAUCAAUGACCUGGAGAAUCUGGGGGAGAUGGGCAGUGGUACUUGCGGCCAGGUAUGGAAGAUGCGCUUCCGGAAGACGGGCCACGUUAUCGCCGUCAAGCAAAUGCGACGCUCGGGGAACAAGGAAGAAAACAAGCGGAUCCUCAUGGACCUGGACGUGGUACUCAAGAGUCACGACUGCCCCUACAUCGUGCAGUGCUUCGGGACCUUCAUCACCAAUACGGAUGUCUUCAUUGCCAUGGAGCUCAUGGGCACCUGUGCUGAGAAGCUGAAGAAGCGGAUGCAGGGUCCCAUCCCUGAGCGGAUCCUGGGCAAGAUGACGGUAGCGAUUGUGAAGGCGCUCUACUACCUGAAGGAGAAGCAUGGUGUGAUCCACCGGGACGUCAAACCCUCCAACAUCCUGCUGGACGAGCGGGGCCAGAUCAAGCUCUGCGACUUUGGCAUCAGUGGCCGCCUUGUCGACUCCAAGGCCAAAACACGGAGCGCUGGCUGCGCUGCCUACAUGGCACCUGAGCGCAUUGACCCCCCGGACCCCACAAAGCCAGACUAUGACAUCCGGGCUGACGUGUGGAGCCUGGGUAUCUCUCUGGUGGAACUGGCGACAGGACAGUUUCCCUACAAGAACUGUAAGACGGACUUCGAGGUCCUCACCAAGGUCCUGCAGGAAGAGCCCCCGCUCCUGCCCAGUCACAUGGGCUUCUCGGGGGACUUUCAGUCAUUCGUCAAAGACUGCCUUACUAAAGAUCACAGGAAGAGACCAAAGUAUAAUAAGCUACUUGAACACAGCUUCAUUAAGCGUUAUGAGACGCUAGAGGUGGACGUGGCGUCCUGGUUCAAGGAUGUCAUGGCGAAGACCGAGUCACCGAGGACUAGUGGAGUCCUAAGCCAACACCACCUGCCGUUCUUCAGCAGCCACGGACAGAUGGGCCCACCAGGCCCUAGCCCUUCCAGUCCUGGGGUCAGCCGGCUGUACAAGUCCCCCCAACAGACACUGUGAACGGAAGACAGCAGAGGCCAUGAGCAGACUCGCUAUUUAUUCAGUCGUCACCCCUGAGCUGGGGUGGCCACCAGGGGCCAGGAGAGAGGCACCCUUCUUGCAUCCUCCCCAUGCUGUCCCUUCCACCUUCGUGGUACACAUGCUCCCUGUCUGUCUGCCUCUGUCACCGCCCUUGAUGCCUCUCUGGUUUUCCCUGUCUCCCUUCCUGUAUCUGCCUCUCUCCUGGCCCAAGCCCAGGCUCUGUUACCCACAGCAGGACUCCUCGGUCCACUUAGGUCUGUGGCGAGCAGUGAGUCCUUUGGCUGGCAUCCUCGUCCCAGGAAGGCAGGCUGGGCAUUAUGACUGCAGCUGACCCAGGCUGUGGGGGCUCUGGCGCUUGCGCGCUCUCUUGCUCUCUCUCUCUUUCUCUUUCUCUCUUUGAUCUCAGGGGGUCCUUUUUGGAAUUUAUUGUAUUUUAUUGUACUUGGUGGGGUGUUCGGGGGAUGGGGGAGGAAGAAGAGCUUGUUCUCAUGGGGUUUGUCAGUACCUUCAGAAACUUUUACCAAAGUCAUGUUUAGCUGCUGUGGUAUAGCCCCCAACCUCCUGUGGGCAUUGGGGGGCUGGAGCCAGGUAGGGGCCUGGGCCACUGUGCCUUGUCAGCCUGUUCUGGAGAGACUAGUCCCAAAGGUGGGUGCUGGGGGCGGGAGCUCCUCCCUUGGGGCUGGAGACUGGCCACAGCUUGGGGUGAAUUGAGGACCUCAGGCUGUGUGGAGGGAGCCCACGGGGCUGUGGCCACACAGGGUGGCCUUCAGGGAAGGUGGGUAUGGGGCAUGGUGGGAGGCAGUAAAUGCUGGUGUGGCAGGAGAAGGGAGUGAAUGACAGUAGUGGGGGUCAUAAGGCCCAGGGAGGCAGGGAUUGAGUGUAUAGGGAAUGGAUGUGGGGGUUUGAGGAUGUGUGACAGGGACAGAAGUGGGGCAGGCCUAGGGCUGGGGGUGUGAGGGCAGUCAUGCCCUCACAGUGCCCCCUGAGCACCCCUCAACUCCCCCAGAGCUGGCCAGUCCCCAGCCCACCUUGAGGAUAGGCCAUGGGGCCCCUCUUCCCCCCACCCCCCUCAGCAGCAGUCAGAGUAGGAGUGGGGGGGUUUCCUUUUUCGUUGGUGAUGCAUGCAAAUCAGUGGACAAACAUACACACACCAACCAACCCACGCCAAAGGUGGUGAACUCCCUGGAUGUAGCUGGAGCAAUGCAGACUCAGCAUAGGCGUCACUGUAACCUCUCACUAUCCUAUUGACUCUUGUUACUCUUAACAUAGUCACAAAAGGUCGCAUGUUUAAAAAGUACUCCUUGUCUUCUCUCUGCUCCCCCAAGGGCUUGGGGUGGCCACCUUUCUUGCCCAAAUCCCCCUUGUGACUGGAUGGGGCAGGGUAGAGGUAGGUGGGCAACAGGCCUGGCUCCACCCUUGGAGGGGGGGUCCCAGCCAAGGGGGCUUUUGCCCAUAUCCAGAAGGUCAAGUGGCUGGUUCCAGGGCCAGCAAAGGUCAGAGGCCAGCUGCCGGUUUAUUUUAUUUAACUUAAUUUUGUUUAUGAGUGUGUGUCUGCCUGUCCCUCCCCUUCAGUGUUAAUUAAGUGGGAGCCCUGGGGGAGCCUCUCCUCCCCCUACCCACCUCUCCCCUGUUUCCUCCCUCUAUCUCCAGUCACCAGCCGUCCUUCUGGACCAGGCAGAGGGUUGAGCGGGCAGGCAGGAGCGUGGGGCGACUUGGCCCAGCUCACCAGCCCAU